CUGCAUGGAUGAGAUACGUCGAAAAGAUGCAAGAAAGUGACGAUCCCAUCAAAUAUUUACCGUUACCAGAAGAAUUCGAGCCUUCUGCAGAAAAGGCAGCCGCGGCAAUCUAUGGCACUGUAUCCGAGCCCAGCCCGACUCCGAGAUUUGAUCUUCCAGACGACUGUUUACCUGUCGUGGAGGCCAAAAAAUUGUACCAAAAAUUCCCGAUCCAAUAUCACACGGUGUCGUGUUAG